UAGUUUUACAAGAGGGUCUCAAGAGCCUUCUAGGAACUUGCCAGAGGGUUGUGCUGAAUGGCUGGCCUGUGAUUCCCGGGAAUCCAGGUCCCACUUGCUUUUAAAGAGGAGGCAUCAGAGAAAACCUGGGUCCCGGAUUGCUGGGCCUGGACGUGCUGCGAGUUAUCCCUCCUUUCCCAGAUCUCCUUCCGAGUCUUCGCCUGAGCUGCGGGCGCAAACUGAAAGUGAACAACCGGGGUGCUGUGGGCACGGCAGCCUCCUUCACUGUGAAGAGAGCAUUUUGAUGCCUUCUGGUCUGAAGAAGCUCCAGCUGCUCUGAUGAUAGCUUAAGAAGACUGCGUGCUGUUCCCUCUCAAUGCCAAGCCAGGCCCCGCGGAACCUCGGAUCUGUCUGUCAUGGAGACCAGGGCCCAGCAGGAAUGGCAGUGGAGGAAAUUGGCUCCCAGAUGGUUCCUCCACGUGAAAUGGUCUUAGGCUAUGGGCCGACUCAAGAACACCUGGUAACCAGGCUUGCCCUCUGUCAGUCACCCAGAGCAGGGCAUCAUGGCACGGAUCCAGAGGAGGAAGCUCUUGGCAUCUUGCCUGUGCAUCACAGCUGCCAUCUUUCUGCUUGUCACACUCCAGGUGGUGGUUGAGCUGGGAAAAUUUGAAAGGAAAAAGUUUAAAAAUUCCAAUUUGGGAGAUGGGCAUGCAAAAAUGGAGGAAGAGCCUACACAUCUCUACCCAUUCCCUAAGAAAGACACUCUUACCCUGAAUAGGAAAAAAAAGUUGGAAACUGAUAGCUACCCCGUCAUGCUCUGGUGGUCCCCACUGACGGGGGAGACUGGCAGGCUGGGCCAGUGUGGAGCAGACACUUGUUUCUUCACCAUCAACCGAACCUACCUGCACCAUCGCAUGACCAAAGCAUUCCUCUUCUAUGGAACUGACUUUAACAUAGAUAGCUUACCUCUGCCUCGGAAAGCCCAUCACGACUGGGCCCUUUUUCACGAAGAGUCUCCGAAGAACAAUUAUAAGCUCUUUCAUAAGCCAGUCAUCACUUUGUUCAACUACACCGCCACAUUCAGCCGGCAUUCCCACCUGCCACUAACGACCCAGUACCUGGAGGGCAUAGAAGUCCUGAAGUCACACCAAUACCUGCUUCCUUUGCAGUCGAAAAACCACCUUCGAAAAAGACUCGCUCCACUGGUGUACGUACAGUCAGACUGUGACCCACCAUCAGAUAGGGACAGCUAUGUUCGAGAACUGAUGACUUACAUUGAGGUCGAUUCCUAUGGUGAGUGUUUACACAACAAAGAUCUCCCUCAGCAGCUGAAAAAUCCAGCCUCCAUGGAUGCCGAUGGCUUUUAUAGGAUCAUUGCACAGUACAAGUUCAUCCUUGCUUUUGAGAAUGCAGUUUGUGAUGACUACAUCACCGAGAAGUUCUGGAGACCUCUGAAACUGGGCGUGGUCCCUGUGUAUUAUGGAUCCCCCAGCAUCAAGGACUGGCUUCCAAGUGAUAGAAGUGCUAUUCUUGUAUCAGAAUUUUCUCACCCUAGGGAGCUGGCCAGGUACAUCCGACAACUGGAUUAUGAUGACAGACUGUAUGAGGCCUACAUAGAGUGGAAGCUGAAGGGGGAGGUCUCCAACCAGCGGCUUCUCACAGCUCUCAGGGAACGGAAAUGGGGAGUGCAAGACAUCAACCAAGACAACUACAUCGAUGCAUUUGAGUGCAUGGUGUGCAGCAAGGUGUGGGAUAAUAUUAGGCUUCUGGAAAAGGGCUUACCACCCAAACGAUGGAAGGCAGAAGUCACCCACCUGAGCUGCCCAGAGCCCGCCGAGUUUGCUUUCUCACCCGUGGCCCCACACGGGAGCUCUCUGCAACAGAUGUGGGUACCCAGCUUCCAGCAAUCCAAGAAAGAAGCCCAGGCCCUGAGGUGGCUGGUCGAUAGGAAUCAAAACUUUUCCGUUCAAGAGUUUUGGGGCCUAGUAUUCAAGGACUAAUUUUUAAAAAUAUCAGAAUGAUAUAGACUACAAAAUUCUUAAGGUUUAUUUUCUAGGUUGCCUUAAUAUCUGGAUAUACUAGCUACUCUGUUUAUCCUGUAGGAUAAGGAUUGCUGCAGUACUCACAAUGAGCCCUAUGAAAUCACAGAUAUGAAUGAUCCUUAGGGGUCACCUCUAUAUUUUUUUAUACUCAAAAGGUAAAUACGGUAGUUCCCCCUUAUCUGUAGUUUUGCUUUCCCUGGUUUAAGUAACCCACAGUCAACCGCAGUCUGAAAAUAUUAAAUGGAAAAUCCAGAAAUACACAAUUCCUAUGUUGUGAGCGAGGCGCCCUUCUGAGUACCGCGAUGAAAUCUCGCGAGUUCUCUCCGCCCGGCCGCCCGUGGCUCAUCCCUUUCUCCAGCAUCUCCCGCUGCAGACGCGCUCUGCGUGUCAGUCCCCCACCAGAGGCUCAGUCACCACGCCGGCUGUCGGGUGUCAGUGCUCGCAGUCAAGUCACCCGUAUUUUAGUUACUAAUGUCCCCAGAGUGCGAGAAUGGUGAUGAUGACAACUGGGAGGUGCCACAGAGAAGCCGUACAGGGCUGCCUUGCAGUGAAAAGCUGCAAGUUCUCGACCUAAGACUUUUAUCAUCUCACGUCAAAAGAAGGGUAAGUGCAGUACAAGAUAUUUUGAGGGAGAGAGA